CAAUGGCCCAGAUAUUGUCGGUGUGCGCUUCCAGUAGUGCGGUUUGCUUCCAUGUUUUGGUAUUCCAUGUCCUAAUCGAAGUUUUUCCGUCCUCGGUCCAAGCCAGGCAAGCAACCUUUGCGACAAGCUCGCCUGUCUUUGUGUCCCAGAUUUUGAUGGAGCACUCGAUGGGUUCGUCAGUCCAGGGCCCAUCACGUCCACCAGUCGCAAUCAUGGACAUGUCUGGUGAAUAGAUAACUGCCCACAC